AUGGAUGAAGCUGAAACAAGUAACAUAUUCUAUGUCCCAGCAUCCAAUCUUCCAAAUAUUACACCUCCCGACUCUUAUAAUCCUUUUCGGUCUCAGCCCGUCCCUCUCAUCAUAGACAAUGGCUCGUCAAACCUGCGUUUUGGCUUCAGCACGUCCACCUCUCCCCACUCUUCUCCUAAUGUUAUUGCCAAGUACAAGGAGCGCAAGUUCAACCAGUCGCUGUUACUCUUUGGUGACGCAAUUGACGCAGAGAGUGGUGCGAAGAGCCAGGGCAAGACACCUUGGGAAAGUGAUGUGUUGUUGAAUUUCGAUGCAAUGGAAAACGCGUUGGACUACGCGUUUGUGAGGCUGGGAAUCGAUGCAGAGGGCAUCGAGCACCCGGUGCUCAUGACGGAAAGACUCUGCUCGCCAUUACAUUCGAGAGCAUUGACCUCCGAGCUCAUGUUUGAGCAAUAUUCGGUCCCUUCACUCACUUACUGCGUCGAUUCUGUGAUGUCGUUUUAUCAAAACAACAAACCUACAUCCGGCAGUACAUUCAGUGCUGAUGGCCUUGUAGUUUCAUUCAACACGGCAUCCACAUCUGUUAUCCCCAUUCUCAACGGGAAAGGCGUACUCAGUCAUGCAAAACGAAUACCAUGGGGUACACAGCAAUCUACGGAAUAUCUCCUGAAGCUUAUCCAGCUGAAAUACUCUAGCUUCCCAACGCGCGUGACGUCUGCACAGGCAAGCUGGAUGCUGCACAAUUUCUGCUCCUUCGCCACUGACUACCCUGCUGUCCUCCGUUCCCUCAAAAUGCCCGCAAGCAUGCGCGCAGCAGAGCGCAUCAUCCAGUUCCCAUUUGCAAUUCCUGUCGUUGAAGAAAAGACCGAAGAGGAGAUCACGAGGAUAGCAGAGAAACGAAAAGAACAAGGAAAAAAACUACAGGAGUUGGCUGCGAAGAGCCGGAUGGAGAAGUUGGCGAAGAAGGAGAACGAUCUACAGUACCUUACGAAUCUGAAGGAAGGCAAGAGCGAAAACAAGCGCGAGUGGAUGCACACUCUUCAAGUUGAGGGCUUUGAUGACGAAGCUGCCCUCGAUGAAACCAUCAAGAAACUCGAGGCUGACGUUAAACGCGCACGCAAGAAGGACCCUGAUGGGCAAGACGAUGUCAUUUUUCCCGUUCCACAGCUCGACGAAGAAGGGAUAAAAGAAAAGAAGAAGCAGAAACUUAUGAAGGCUGGUUUUGACGCAAGAGCGCGUGCGAGACGAGAGAAGGAGAAGGAACGAGAGGAGAAGGAAGCCGAGGAGAGACGAGAGGAGGAAGAGCGGGAGAGUAACUUUGACGAUUGGGCAGCUAGACUGCGCCGUGAGCAAGAGGCUAUCAUGAACAAGAUCAAGGAGCGGGGACGUCGAAAGGCUGCGUUGUCUGAUCGGAAAAGUGCAGCCGCGCAAGCUAGGAUGAAGAACAUUGCUUCUUUGGCAGCCGAUGAACGCGUUUCGAAGAAGAAAAGGAAAGCGGGUGCAGAGGACAUGUUCGGAGCAGAUGACGAGGACUGGCAGAUUUAUCGUAAACUCAAUGCUGCGGCUGUAUCUUCGGAUGAGGAAGAGGAAUUCAACCAACUUCGGAUCAUCGAGAGCAAGCUUCUCAUGCAUGACCCAACAUUCACGGCCCAGCACACGCAUGCAUCCAUAACAUCUCAGCGGUCUGCACUUAUAUCUGCCUUCAGACCACAGUAUGAAGAGGGAGAUAUCGAAGGAAGCGCACGGAUACAUCUCAACACGGAACGAUGGCGCGUAUGCGAAACAUUCUUCUCACCAGGAAUGGCUGGCGUUGACUCCGCUGGCCUCGGUGAAGUUCUUCAAAGCAUUCUGGCAAGGUUCUCAGAAGCCGAGAAAGCUAGGCUUGUGAAGAAUGUAUUCAUUACCGGGGGUCCAUCGCAGUUUCCUGGUCUUCAAGAAAGACUUCAUGGGACGCUUCGUCCGAUUUUGCCGCCUGAGAUGUACUUGGGUGAUAUCGUGCGUGCAGCAAACCCAUCGCUUGAUGCUUGGAGGGGUAUGGCAUCUUUUGCAAAUACGGAUGAGUUCCAUCAAGUGGGUGUGACAGCAGAAGAGUAUCAGGAGUGGGGAGGGGAGAGGAUUAAGAGGUGGUGGGGAGGGAACUGUAACUCGGUGGUUUGA